GAAAAGUUUGGUUAGUUUAAAUGUCAAGUUCCAUAACCAACCAUAAUUUUCCAUAAGUUUAUUUUUAUUAUGGAUAUGAAUUAAAAAGUGAAUAAACCAUUUUAAAAAUCAACAAUAAAUAAAAAAUGACAAUGUAUAAACAAUCAUUUUCACUAUUUGGUCGUUGUAUUUCACAGUACAAUAAUUAUUUUCGAAUUGCUGAUUCCCGUAACAUAAAAAGGUGGGUAUCGCCAACUUUAAAGGAGCUUUAUAAGCGCAGAGAAAAAGUAGGACCUGAACCAGAAAGACCUAGAUCUAGCUACCUUGAAUGGAAUUAUGAAGCUGAAUUAUAUGCCUUUGGACAACGGCUUGGUGAAGAACUUGAUAGAGAUUUGUUGAAACAAGCUCUUGUUCAAAGGGAGUAUGCUAAUUUACAAGAAAUACAAUCACACGAAAAAGGUAGUAGUUUACAAACAAUUAUACAUAACCAUGAGCAGAUUCAAGAUGGAGAACAAAUAAUUAGUAAUUAUUUAAAAAAAGAAUUUGAUAAGGUAUACCCAGAAGAUAUAGCUAAUUCAGUUAUAAAAUAUUUAACUACAGAAGAAAUGCUAUCACAUAUAGGCAGCCAUAUUGGCUUAAAAGAUAUCAUUUUAACAAAUGAAUUUCCUGUGUCCAAAAAAACUAUAAGUGACACAUUCAAAGCAGUAGUAUCGGCCUUAAAACAAUCUCAGGACUUGCAACGUGCUGAAAAUUUUGUCAAAGAUUUUGUUUUGAGUCAGCUAAAUGGUAAAGAUGUAAUAGACAUUUGGAAUCCCAAAGAACCCUAUGAAUAUCUUACAAAAUUAUUGAAAGAAAGAGGAAUUACUUCAGUUGAACCACGGUUAUGUAACCAAUCUGCUUCUAAUACAAUAUUGGGUUGUUUCCAAGUUGGAUUGUAUACUGAUAAGAAACUUGUUGGAAUUGGUUGGGGUGAAAACAUUAAAAUUGCCAAAGAAACUGCAGCACUGGAUGCAUUACAAAAAUUGUGUAAAUUAAAUAAAGUAAUAAAAAGUUGAAUGAAUUAAUUAAA